AUGGAAGGCACAAUCCAGAAAUCGGGAAGUGAAGCCAGCAGGAAAGUCUGUAUUCCAGUCAACCCCAAACAGGAUCUGAGACAAAUAUUCCACUGGUAUGACGAACACAUAAGACAUGCAAACGAUUCCCUGUUAUUUGUGAGCAUCGUCAAACCUCAGUUCGCAAUACCUGUUCUGGCCGGGACCGCGAUUGAAAUCUCACGGGCUGAUGUGAAACGGGCGAAAGAAAUAUGUCGUGAGGCGAUGCAGCUUGCAAAGAAACACGGGCUCAGGGCAAAUUCCUACGUCUACAUUGGCAUGAAUCAAAAGAAGACGCUAACACAAUUUUUACGAGAGUUCAAGCCAGACUUGGUUCUGGUCGAAAAGCAAGUGAAGAAUAUAAUUCUGCGGAAACUUACUGGAGAUUCUCAAGUAAAGGCCGUCAUGGCGUCGCAAAAUUGUGUUCUUGUUGCUCUGCCACCUUCCACUUGA